AGGAAAAAGUCAUUCGUGUGGCGGUUGGCUAGUUGGUUAGCCACACGCCAGUCGUUUGGAGACUGACCGAAACCGUCUCAUCACGGGCGUCUUCCACGCGCGCGCCGGCGAGAAUGGCGCGGCAGGGCACACUCGUCCUCGUCGCCGGCGCCGCCCUGCUCCUCCUCCUGUGCGGCGCGGCGAUGGGGGCGAAGCGGGCGGCGAUCCCGGACGACCUCCGCGACGUGGUGGACGACGAGGAGGACGACGACUGGCGGCACUGGGGCGCCGGCUCCGGGACGCGGGACGUCCCCAAUCGGCCGCCGCCGGACCUGUCGCGGAUGGACCCCGCCGCGCUCCGGGCGGAGAUCCUCCGCGGCCACGGCGGGCCCUCGCUCGGCUUCGUGAAGCUCCGGCCCGGCGUCCGGCGGUCCCGGGAGGAGGUGGCGGGGAUCGCGACGCGGUGGAGCAACGUGCUGCGGACCGGCUCGGUAGCGGCGAAAUUCGUGGCCGUGGACUUCGGCACGCUCAUGUUCACCAUGGAGAGAGGGCGAGACAUGCGCGAGUUGAAGGAGUUCAUUCUAGGGCAGCCGGAGGCAUACGAGUUCAAGGUCGGGGACCAGUUUUUCCGGAGGCCCGGAGACCCACCCCUGGACCAGGUUAUCCAGAUGCUACGAAAACACAAGGAUAAGUCUGAAGAUGAACUCUAGCUUAGCUACAGUAUGUUGUCCAUAUAUCCAUGGAAUUCUGCUGCUCCCAUAGUGACGGCAUUUUGCUUCAGUUUGGCUUUCGUAGAUUAGAUUUAUUUCUCCCGCGCCCUUUUGCAGUUGUAAAUUGAGUGACUAGCAGCAGCUAGCUAGCUAGCUAGCGGUCAAUAAGUAAGUGCCGGAUGCCUGCUAUUUCUUUUUCAAAA